UUUGUGCUCCCCAUAGUUCGGUUGAAACAGAGUAGGAGAGAAUCCAUGUGGGUCCGGUGUUGGUUUGUGUGCAGGAAAUGUAUGCCAACGAGCGAAAAGAUUGUAACAGCACCUCAUAGUUAGUUAGUCAGUCAAUAGAUUCCAAUCAUGUCAUCAUUUUUUAUUAAGAAAAAAGGACCGCAAAAGGUUUUCAAAAAGAGUGAUUUACCAGGUUCAAAAAGAAAGAAUGAUGGAAGCACAGGGAACAAACUCCAGAAAAAGUUAACUUCCAAACACAAUGAAGAAAUUUCCAGCGACUCUGAAACAGAAAGCCCUGCAGUGCACAGAAAAAGAAGGGCCAAUGUCGAAGAAGAGUUUGAUGAGACUCCACAGGAGAAAAAACUACGAUUAGCCAAACUUUACCUUGACCAGUUGAGGAAUGAGGAAGAAAAGAAGGCAGAGGAGGAGUCCUUUGAGUCUGAACUAAUAGCUGGAAGACUUGAAGAAGAUGUGCUAGAGCAGAAAGGAAAGCUUCAACGGAUGGUAGCAAAAGACCUCCUGCCGCCAGAUGAAUCAGAGAUUCGCUUGUUGAGAGGCCAUAAGCUGCCAGUGACCUGUCUGGUCAUCUCUCCCGAUGACAAGAAUGUCUUCUCGGCUGCCAAAGACUGCUCCAUCAUCAAAUGGGAUGUUGAAAGUGGUAAGAGACUGCACACGAUAGCUGGUGGCAGGAAAGGAACAGAGGAUCGUCAUUUAGGUCAUACGGCACAUAUCCUGUGCAUGUCCAUAUCAUCAGAUGGCAAAUACCUGGCAACAGGAGACAUGAAUAAGUUGAUCUUGAUUUGGGAGGCCGCAACUUGUAAACACCUGUACAAGUUCACAGGCCACAGAGGCCCUGUAUCGGGCCUAUCCUUCCGGAGAGGAACCCACGACUUGUACAGUGCCUCUCAUGACCGCUCCAUCAAGGUGUGGAAUGUAGACGAAAACGCCUAUGUGGAAACCCUGUUUGGUCACCAGGAUGUGAUCACAGGGCUGGACAGUGGAAGCCGGGAGCGCUGUGUGACUGCAGGGGGGAGGGACCGCACUGUGAGGGUGUGGAAGAUUGCAGAGGAGUCCCAGCUAGUGUUCCACGGCCAUGAUGGCUCCAUUGACUGUAUCCAGCUGAUCAACGAAGAACACAUGAUAACAGGCUCUGAUGAUGGCUCUGUGUCCCUGUGGAACGUGAACAAGAAGAAGCCCCUCAGCACGGUGAAGGCAGCCCAUGGUCAGCAUGGGGACAUGGGGCUGGAGCAGCCCUACUGGGUGUCAGCUGUGGCAGCUCUGCAUAACUCUGACACUGUAGCCUCAGGUGCCAACGGCCGUUCCCACAACUCUAAAGUGCAGCUGUGGAAGUGUGGCCAGGGUUUCCGUCGCCUGGAGCCUCUCUUCAGUGUUCCUGUGAAUGGUUUUGUCAACAGUCUUAAAUUUUCCAGUUCUGGGAAGUUCCUGGUGGCAGGAGUAGGUCAGGAACACAGGCUCGGCCGGUGGUGGUCACUCAAGGGUGUUAAGAAUGGACUCUACAUUAUUCCUCUCAAAAGACAACUGUCAGAGAAGCUGGAUGCUCCAAAUGCUGAAGAGAAAACGGAGUAGCUGUUCUUUAUAUGCCAUAUCCUGUGUAUGAACAUUUAUUUAGAUUUUGUAAAUUAAAUUCUGUACACAAAUGUUUUUUGUA